UUGACAGUUAUAUAAAAAUCACUGUGUCGAGGAGGUGGAUUGUCCCUUUUUCCUUUGUCCGGCUUUUGUGAUAAAAUCAUUGUUGUUACACAAAACUGGGGCACAUAUCCGCGUCUGUUAUUAUCUUUUGUUGUUCAUAAUAAUAUCAAAAUGCAAAGUGUAAUAAAUACGGUUAAGGGAACCGCCCUCGGUGUGGCUGGCUACUUGACGCCAGUUCUGAAGGAGUCAAAAUUCCAUGAAACUGGUGUGCUUACUCCGGAAGAGUUUGUAGCGGCUGGGGACCACCUGGUGCACCACUGUCCCACUUGGCAGUGGGCCAAGGGGGAGGAAGCCAAGCUCAGACCUUACCUGCCUCCCGACAAGCAGUUCCUUAUCACCAGAAACGUGCCAUGCUAUAGACGCUGUAAACAAAUAGAAUACUGUGAGGACAAUGAAAAGGUGAUAGAAGAUGAGCAUGAUGCAGAUGGAGGCUGGGUAGACACACACCACUAUGAGUCUUCUGGAUUACCCGCUGUUGAAGAAAAGGUAUGUGAAAUGACAUUGGAAGCAGCGGAAACUGGCGACAGCGAUGCUGAGGAGGCUCCAGACAACGAUGACGAUGAUGAUGCGGAUGAUGAUGAAGCUGAGGAUAUGGAGAACUUCCAGGAGUCAGGCCUGCUGGAUGAAGUGGAUCCGUCUACAGCACUGAGCGCCCGCAAGGAGCCGCGCGCCACGGACAAAAAGCCGCGCCAGACGGACGGCGACGAGAUCGUGCGCACCAGGACCUACGACCUGCACAUCACCUACGACAAGUACUACCAGACCCCGAGGCUGUGGCUCAUCGGCUACGACGAGGAUCGCCGUUUGCUGGGCGUAGAAGCACUGUACGAAGACAUAUCGGCGGAGCACGCCAAGAAGACCGUCACAAUAGAAGCGCAUCCACACUUGUCGGGCCCCGGCAUGGCUUCCGUACAUCCGUGCAGGCACGCAGAAGUGAUGAAGAAGAUAAUAGAAACGGUGACGGAGAGCGGCGGCGAGCUGGGCGUCCACUCCUACCUUAUAGUGUUCCUUAAAUUCGUGCAAACUGUUAUACCCACUGUGGAGUACGACUUCACUCAGAACGUGUCUAUCAACUAAUCCCGCCUUUAGAAACAUUUAUAUUAGGUCCCGGAUACAUCUAGCGAAUUAUCGCAAGCGGAAAAAAGCGCGCGGUUUUUCGCUCAAAUGUGUCGUUUAAAAGUGUAAGAGAGUGCCAUAUCUGCACAAAUAGUACACGGACGAGAAUUUUCGCGUGCAAAACCUCCGUGUGAACGAAAAAUCGCGACCAGAAAAACGCGUGCAAAUUUUCGCUCGAAGGUCUAGUUUCAAAAUGUAAGACAUUGCCAUUUCUACACGAAAAAUACAAGGAAGAGAAUUUUCGGGUGCGAUAUUUCGCUCUGCUUCGAUUAUGAGUGGAAAUUCCGCGUAUUCUGCGACGUUAGUACCGAAGUUACAUUUGCACUAAUGAUUUAGCUGCACUAUCAGACUCGGCAAAUGAGUGAUAUCGCGAAUUGUGCGGCCAAUCAUAUCGUUCCACACAUUCAGCAAUACAAUGUGCCUAGUCAAAAAGUCUGCUAGCCGGCUGAUUUGUCGAACUUAUUAACUCAAAACAUUCGCCGUAUCCAAAAUAGUGAGGCCAAUUUAUUUGGCGAGUGCCAAAUUAUAAUCGUAGCCCGAAUUAGAAUCAUUUGUCGAAUUGCGAUUGUGGAGCCGGAACAUGAGUUGGCUAUGUCAAUCAGUCAGUGUAGCAAACGCGCGGAAAACCCGCG